CCGUUCACGUUCUUUUUCCUUUUCUAGCUUUUUAAACCACGAUUAUGCAUGCCGAUCGCCAAACCAUCGAGCGGAGCCUAAUUUGCAAAGUUUUUGCAUGUAAAAACUAAAAAGAAAGAGCAAGAGACAGUGAGGAGAAGAAACCACUUCUCAACACUCUAAAAACUGAAUGUUAAUCAGCAGCAGCAGCAAUCACAUAACACCACAAAAUUAUCACUCAAUAAUCAUCAAAUUAAUCAAACAAUGCAAAACAAUCUCACAGCUCCACCAACUCCAUGCUUACACCAUCACAAACACACCCCUUUCUUUCCACUCCUCUCCUUCCCUUUUAACCAAAUUCCUCUACACUCUCACCACCAAAGCCAAAUCUAAAUCCUCCACUUCUCUACUACACUACGCAAAAUCUAUAUUCAAUUCUAUACAAAACCCAUCUACAUUUUGUUACAAUACUAUCAUAAGAGUCCACACUCUCCUCUCUUUCCCUAUCCCUGCCCUCCAUUUCUUUACUCAAAUGCGCCGUCUUUCUGUCCCUCUUGAUUCUCAUUCUUUCCCUUUUACCCUCAAAGCCUGCGCGCAGCUUGGCGGGGUUUUUUCAGCGCGUUGUCUUCAUUGUCAAGUUCUGAAAUUUGGGUUCUUGUCGGAUUUGUAUGUUAUGAAUUCUCUUAUUCAUGGGUAUAUGGUUUCUGAUAUGUCAAAUGAUGCUUACAAGGUAUUCGAUGAAAGUCCUCAACGAGAUGUGGUUUCUUAUAAUGUGUUGAUUGAUGGGUUCGUUAAGGCUGGUGAUGUUGUGAAAGCUAGGGAGUUGUUUGAUUUAAUGCCUGUGAGGGAUUCUGUUUCUUGGAAUACGAUUAUAGCUGGGUGUGCAAAAGGAGAUUAUUGUGAGGAGGCUAUUGAAUUGUUUGAUUUUAUGAUGGAUUUAGAGAUUAGGCCUGAUAAUGUUGCAUUGGUCUCAACGCUUUCUGCUUGUGCACAGCUAGGAGAACUUGAAAAGGGAAAGAAAAUUCAUGAUUAUAUUGAAAGGAAUGCGAUGAAAGUGGAUACCUUUUUGUCAACUGGGUUGGUUGAUUUCUAUGCAAAAUGCGGGUGCGUUGACAUUGCUUUAAAGAUAUUUGACUCGAGUUCAGACAAAAAUCUGUUUACUUGGAAUGCAAUGCUUGUUGGCCUUGCAAUGCAUGGGUAUGGUGAGUUAUUGUUGGAGUACUUCUCGCGAAUGAUAGAGGCUGGGGUAAAACCAGAUGGGAUUAGCAUUUUAGGAGUUUUGGUAGGGUGCAGUCAUAGUGGUCUCGUAGAUGAAGCAAGGAAGCUUUUUGAUGAGAUGGAAUCUGUUUAUGGAGUCCCUCGAGAGCCAAAGCAUUACGGGUGUAUGGCUGAUUUGCUUGGGCGGGCUGGGUUGAUUAAAAAAGUGAUGGAAAUGAUAAAGGAUAUGCCCAGCGGAGGUGAUAUGUCUGUGUGGAGUGGUUUGCUGGGAGGAUGUCGAAUUCACGGGGAUGUUGAGAUUGCAGAGAAAGCAGCGAAGCACUUGAUGGAGUUGAAACCCGAUGAUGGUGGGGUUUAUUCAAUUUUGGCUAAUGUUUAUGCUAAUGCAGAACGAUGGGAAGAUGUAAUGAAUAUCAGGAGAUCAUUGAGCAGUAAUAGGGUGGUAACGAAGAUUGCUGGUUUUAGCUUGAUUCAAUUGGAUGGGGUUGCACAUGAGUUUAUCGCAGGGGAUAGCUUGCAUUCUGAAAGUGAUAAGAUAUAUUUGGUUUUAAAUGGAAUAAGAGAACAUCAAAGUGAACUGAGCUAGAUGCCUGAACUUUCAGAAUUGGAACACGUAUUUGCAACAUCUGCAUUAGCUAUAUUGGAAGGGAAUUUUAUAUCUGCAAAAAUGACCAUCAGCUUGUGAUACACGGAGACAGCUGGCUGUUAAGCUAGAAAUUCUUGAAUGGGAACAAAUAUGUGGGUGCUCUUACAAUUGGAUGACUUUUCUAAUCAAAACAUACAUAUGCAAUUAUCGGCGGCGUUACUCAGGACAGUCACCCUGUAAAAGAAAGACAACUGUAGUGGAAAUGCAAGUUGCGAACUUUCAAACUUCUUCCAUCAACAGUGGAAAGCCAAUUUUUUCAAGACAUUAGCUACUGUCCAAGCAACCACUUAUCUCAAUGCCAACUGACCACACAUCAUAAAAGGCAACCAAUCCUGUGGCAAGAAUGGGUAUAUAUUGUGCGGCAUAGCAGAGAUCUGUACAUUGAUUGUGCAGAAGGCAAUCUGCAGUAUGAAUAUGAUUUCGUGUCUACUUGAUAUGUUCAAUUACUAAAGAAAAUAAAGAGCUUCAGAGCUUCCCUCCGGAAACUUGCCAGGUUGCCAUAGCGCGUUGCUCAUCUUCAGGUAGCCUGUUAUGACUGAUCACGCCCUGCUUGUACCUAGAAUACAAAAGUAGAAUGAUUCAAAAGUUCUAAUGAAAAUUUUUGAAGCUUUUUCCUGAUUGGGUACUGAGAAAUGGACUUUGUCCUCGUGGCGAUAUAAACCGAUUGACAUGACUCUGAAAUGAAUUAUAAAAACCCUUGGUCAUUGGCUGUAUGCUCCUCACUUGAUGCACUGAUAAGGUCUAAAAAUGUGCUAGUAGUUGGAGCAGCUAACCAAUACUGUGCGUGUCUUCAGGAAAACAACUUGACUGUUUGGAAACUUGUACUGGAACCUGAAGAAUCGACGUGCCUCACCAAGGCUUGAAAUUGAAAGCUGAAACCAUACACCUCAGCUCUAAGCGGGAACAUGAGCUGCCACUUUGUAAGGCACUAUGCAAUUAGGAUAACUAUCGGUUCAGCUUCUACGUAGUGUAACAUGGUUCCAGAAACUCUUCUAGCCUCCUGUCUAUAUAUGCCAACAGGAAUCUUAGAACAACUACCAAGCAUGGCCAAGAACCCUUUCUAGGUUCUAUGAAAUAAGUAGAACUCUUCACAACACAUCUAGCUCUCCUUACAACCUAAUCAUGGCUUUUAGAUCAACUGGUUACUGGAAAUGGUUGACAAGUCGGUUAAGAGGAAAUGCACAUGCAACAUCAACCUCGCCAAAAAGGCAGGUGUAUGCAGGACCAGCAGCUGAUUUUGGCUAUCUUGAUCUUGUUGAAGAGGUGAGGAAGACGUCAGUGAAGGCUGAUUUCACAUACACCGGGGUUAAUAAUUUUACAAAUCUCACUGGGUUUAGUAGCCUCCACAAAACAGCAGCUGCUGAAAGCACCAAAUGUUCGUGUCAAAAAGAAGUUAAGGGAAACAAUUCCUGUAGUGGUGGUACCAGAUAAAGUGGUUGACGAGGGCAAGAAAUUCGUUGAGAAAUCCUUCUACAGGAAGGCAGCUCACGUUCAGGAGUUUGAGAUUGGUAUUCAGUAUAUGCCUAAUCCCAUUUGCAAAGAUGUUUACGCUCACCCUCUCAAAGCAGAGACACUAAAAUCUGUGGGAAUAGAACCUCAGCAGCUUUGAUGCAUUUUCCUUUACCUUUUUGUAGAUUUAGGCACUUGUUUUCAAUCUUUUUUACAAACUUUUUUUUCCUCUUUAUCUUACCAAAGCUCGAGGCGAAAUUUCUGUACUCAUUGUAAAUUUCACCCUAGUUAGUGAUGAAUGCAAUGGUAUGUAGAUGAGGUUACUUUAAUGAGAUAGCUAAUAUUAAUUUCAUUGUGAAA